CCCUGAUGCCCGGCGCCCUGGACGCCAUGAAGCAGCUGUGUUUGUGCGCAGCCACCUCCCUUGCGCUGCGGCUCAGCCCUGCCGACCUCAGCUCCUGCCCGCCCUGCGGCCCUUGCCCCACCCUGAAGCCGGCAGCCAGAGGCAGGCGCCAGGGCCAAGACUGGGGCAAAAGCGACAAGCGGCUGCUGCAGGCUGUGGAGAGCGACGACUCGGCCCGGGUCGCCAUGCUCAUCUCCCGAAAGGGCCUGGUGCCCACCAAGCUGGACCCCGACGGCAAGUCCGCGUUCCAUCUGGCAGCCAUGCGGGGUGCGGCCAGCUCUCUGGAGGUGAUGCUGGCACAGGGCGCCAAUGUCAUGAGCACAGACGGGGCAGGUUACAACGCUCUCCACCUAGCUGCCAAGUAUGGGCACCCACAGUGUUUGAAGCAACUGCUACAGGCCUCCUGCGUGGUGGAUGUGGAGGACAGCAGCGGGUGGACAGCUCUGCACCAUGCAGCGGCUGGUGGCUGUCUCUCCUGCUCUGAGCUGCUGUGCUCCUUCAAGGCGCACCUUAACCCCCGAGAUCGGUCUGGUGCAACGCCCCUCAUCCUAGCAGCUCAGAUGUGUCACACAGAUCUGUGCCGCCUCCUCCUACAGCAGGGGGCUCCUGCUAAUGACCAGGACCUGCAGGGCAGGACAGCCCUGAUGCUGGCCUGUGAGGGGUCCAGCCCCGAAACAGUGGAGGUGCUACUGCAGGGCGGGGCCCAGCCAAGAAUCGCGGAUGCGCUGGGCCAGGAUGCGGCUCACUACGGAGCCCUGGCAGGGGACAAACUCAUCCUGCACCUCCUGCAGGAGGCCGCCCGGCGCCCCUCUCCACCCAGCGAAGAGGACUCGGGCGAAGCUUCCUCUCAGAACUCUGGGUCCAGCCAUGAAAAGCGAGGGGGUCCCAGGAAGCGGAAGGCGCCCCAGCCUCCGGCCAACAUCCCCAUGCCGGACGAUCGAGAAGCCUACGAGGAGAUCGUGCGGCUGCGGCAGGAGAGGGGCCACCUCCUGCAGAAGAUCCGGGGCCUGGAGCAACACAAGGAACGAAGGAAACACGAGCCGCAGGAGGCGGAGGCCACCUCGGUGCACGGCCUGGAGAGACAGGUUCAGGAGCUGCAGCAGCUGCUGGCGGAGAAGCAGGAGGAGAAGGAGAGCCUGGGACGGGAGGUAGAAAGUUUGCAGAGCCGGCUGUCCCUGCUGGAGAGCGAGCGGGAGAACACCAGCUAUGACGUGGCCACACUGCAGGACGAGGAGGGGGAGCUGCCUGAUUUUCCAGGGGCCGAGAUGCCCCUUUCCAGGCAGCUCAGCCCCUCAGCCCAGGAGCGCUUCGCUUCGCUGCAGGAGCAAGUUGCUGAGCUCACCAGGCAGAACCAGGAGCUGCUAGAGAAGGUCCAGAUCCUGGAGAACUUCCAGGAGGAAGACGCACAGGUGGCAGGGGAUGGCCUGUCGGAGGUCAUCCCUCUGGUCCUCUACGACUCUCUCCGGGCUGAGUUUGAGCAGCUCCGGAGGCAGCACGCCGAGGCCCUGAGAGCACUGGAGCGGCAGGAGGCCUGGGAGGAGCCCAGGCAAGAAGAGGACAAAGACGUGAGGGCCUCGGCCACCCAAAACAGGCCACCAGGCCCGCAGCUAAAUGGCACCGCGGUUCCAGAAGCCAGGAUUGGCGGAGCUGAGAGCGCAGAUGAGGACGCUGCAGCGGGGGAAACAGCACCUGAACAACAGGAGGUCACGGGGACUGAGGGGGCAGGAGCCGAGGAUGGGGGAACCGAAGCGGAAGGGACCGAGGCCAUCGAAGUGGAGGCUGGAGACGAAGGAGAAAAUAUGGAAACUGAGACCACAGGAGAUGCAGCCACGGCCUCAGAGGCCACAGGUUCAGAGGCCACAGCCACGGCCUCAGAGGCCACAGGUUCGGAGGCCACGAGGACGGAACCAGAAACGAAGACCAAAGCAGCUGGUGCCAGGGAAGUGGAGCUCUCUGCGAGCACAGAGGCCACGGGAUCUCAGGCCACCGAUGGAGAGGCCACGGCCGCAAGGGUCCCUGCUGGGCCCAUCCUGCACCCGGGGGCUGCGGAGGCCUCUGAGAAGCUGCAGUCCGAGCUGGAGACCAGGAUCCAAUCAUAUUUCAUCUAUUUCUUCGUGGUAUCCACAUAUUUAUAUUAUCCCCAUUUUAAUACAGAGAAAAUGUGGCCCAGAGAGGUUAAUUCAUUUGCCCAAGGACACACAGCUCAUAGGUCAAAGUUGCAUGGCACAGUCAGAAUGUUUGUAGAAACAAAGCGAACCCAGAACCCUGAUGGACCUGGGCUGGAAUGUCCUCAGGACAAGGAUCAAAAGGACUCUGGGUCCAAGCAUCUUGGGGGGCCACGUGUCCUGAUCAUCCCGUGUGGACUUGGGCCUCAGGUGCAGCGGGAGGCUCUGUUCAUGAAGAGUGAACGGCAUGCGGCUGAGGCCCAGCUGGCCACGGCUGAGCAGCAGCUGCGGGGGCUCCGAACUGAGGCGGAAAGGGCACGCCAGGCCCAGAGCCGUGCCCAGGAAGCCCUGGACAAAGCCAAGGAGAAGGACAAGAAGAUAACAGAACUGUCCAAAGAAGUCUUCAGUCUGAAAGAGGCCUUGAAAGAGCAGCCGGCCGCCCCUGCGAGCCCCGAGGUGGAGGCCCUCCGUGGCCAGGUGAAGGCUCUGCAGCGGCAGAUGGAGGACGCCGCCAGGGACCACUGUGCCGUGGUGACUUUGUACAGGAGCCACCUGCUCUACGCCAUCCAGGGUCAGAUGGAUGAGGACGUGCAGCAGAUUCUCACCCAGAUCUUGCAGAUGCAGAGGCUGCAGGCUCAGGGCCGCUGAGGGCUGGUUUCUCCCGGUCCCGUGGGGUCACUGUGCCUGUGGGCAUUUGGGGACCAGCCUGGGUCCCUCCCUAGCUGGCAGCAUCGCCACCUGCGGUCCCCACACACACUGAACAGGCUGGCGCCCCCUCCCUCCCCACCGGACAAACUGUGAGUCACCAGCUCCUGCACUUGUCGAGUUCUGGACACUAAGCCAGGAAUAAACCAUACCGUGCACAGGACAAAGGGAAUUCCGCACCUGAAGCCCGUGGCCAGGGAGGGGACUGGGAACAGCUCUGCCCUCUGAGCAGCCUCCAGCAGCC